UCGGAACAACUGAGCAAUAGGUGAUUCGGGUCGCGGAUCAAGCAACUCAGUUAAUUUUAUUUGUUAAGCAAAAAUCCUGUGAAACUCUCCUACCGUUUUCACGGUAUUUACUUAAAGAGAAACCUCCCUCUCCAGACCCGGUGUUCCGAUGAAAAGGAAAUCUACUUAUUGUGUGUGUGAAGGUCCACGGAGAGCACAGGAAUAAGAGAAAUGCAGGGAUUUGUGAGGUUACCGUCGUUCCGGUGAACUGCCCCGUUUCCAUACACUUUAUAUUAUUGUUUUGGAGCUAAAUGGAGUUAUACUGCGAGCAGUGGGAUUUUGCUUAGUCUGGACGUUUGGUUUGUAAACCUCACAAAAUUCGGAGAGAAACCUCAGUCGUUGUGUUAUUAACCACUUUAAAGCUUUCAGUGGGACCUACAUCUGUUCUCCGAAGGCAAACUCUAUAUGAGUCAGUGCCGCAACUCUCGGCGAGUCGGACCGGACGACGACGCGUUUUUCUAGCGCGUGUCCUGUAAACAAACGUUGCAGUUUUAUUAUUUCACCGGGAGCGAACUAAAUCGAUAUGUAAGCAUACCUGACUGUGUUUACCUGACAGGCGUCUGACUUCACGUGUACUGUUACUGUAACAGCUACACUGUGACAUGUUGAAACUAGACAGACGAGGGAGAGCGAGAAAACCGAUGUAAAAUCGCCCACAUGCGCUGGAUCUAUAUCUUGCUGUUAGGUGAUCGGAAUCUGAAGAAGAAUAAGGAAGACGUGAGUUGUAAAUCCUCGCAGGCUGAAAGAUGGCGGAGCAGUACUAUAGCAGGAGGAGGUGGUGGUGGUGAGGGACAAACUUCCAAGCGCUCGAGAUUUAUUUGCAAACACCGCGAUCUGGCCUUCAGGACACAUGCAGGCCAAAAAACGAUAUCUGAUCUCGCUCGUCACUGGCGCGUUUCUAGUUGUGCUCUUUUACUUUGGAGGUCCGGCGGCCACGGGGUCCAGGAGCCGGCAUGACCGGAGCCGCAAUGGAUAUAAUCGUCCCGACCAGCCGUGGCCACAUUUCUCGGAUCCCUUACAACACUUUAGCCCGUGGGAUCAUUCCGACACGGAGGAAUAUAACGUUCACAUAUCGCCCAGGCAAAAAAGAGACGUGAACUGGGGCGUUUACAAGGGCAAGAAGUGUCGCAUGCAAUCGUGUUUUGAUUUCUCCCUGUGUCAAAGAAACGGAUUCAAAGUGUACGUGUACCCCCAGCAGAAGGGAGAGAAAAUCUCAGAAAGUUAUCAGAACAUUUUAUCCACCAUCGAGGGCUCUAGGUUUUACACAUCAGACCCUGGCCAAGCGUGUCUGUUCGUCCUGAGCUUGGACACACUGGACCGAGACCAGUUAUCUCCACAAUAUGUGCACAAUCUCAAAACCAAGGUGCAGAGCUUGCCUCUGUGGAACAAUGGUAGGAAUCACCUCAUAUUUAAUUUGUAUUCAGGCACAUGGCCCGAUUACACGGAAGACUUGGGCUUGGACAUCGGUCAGGCCAUGCUGGCCAAAGCGAGCAUCGGCACGGAGAACUUCAGACCCAACUUUGACGUGUCCAUCCCCCUGUUCUCCAAGGAGCAUCCAAGGACCGGCGGGGAGAGGGGGUACUUGAAAUAUAACAUCAUUCCACCUUUCAGAAAAUAUAUGCUAGUGUUUAAGGGGAAGCGCUAUCUGACCGGCAUCGGUUCGGACACGAGGAAUGCCUUAUAUCAUGUUCAUAACGCGGAGGAUGUAGUUCUCCUCACAACCUGCAAACAUGGAAAGGACUGGCAGAAACACAAGGACGCGCGCUGUGACACGGACAACGCAGAGUAUGACAAAUAUGACUACCGUGAAAUGCUGCACAAUUCCACAUUCUGCCUGGUGCCACGAGGACGACGACUAGGCUCCUUUCGCUUCCUGGAGGCUCUGCAGGCUGCCUGUGUGCCGGUCAUGCUGAGUAACGGUUGGGAACUCCCCUUCUCAGAGGUCAUUGACUGGAACACAGCCGCUGUGAUCGGGGACGAGAGGCUCCUACUGCAGAUCCCAUCCACGGUGCGCUCCAUUCAUCAGGAUAAGAUUCUGGCUCUGCGACAGCAGACACAGUUCUUGUGGGAGGCCUACUUCUCCUCUGUGGAGAAGAUUGUGCUCACCACUCUAGAAAUCAUUCAGGACCGAGUGCUUCAGCAGACCUCCAGGAGUACUCUGAUGUGGAACAGUCACCCCGGUGGUCUUUUUACACUGCCCCAGUACUCAUCCUACCUGGGUGACUUCCCUUUCUACUAUGCCGAACUUGGAAUCAAGCCAAAUCCCAAGUUCACUGCUGUCAUCCAUGCCGUCACCCCCCUGGUAUCUCAGUCUCAACCCAUUCUCAAGCUCCUCGUCUCAGUGGCUAGGUCCCAGUACUGUGCUCAGAUUAUUGUAUUGUGGAAUUGUGACAAGCCUUUACCUGCCAAGCAUCGAUGGCCUGCCACUUCAGUGCCCAUAAUUGUAAUAGAAGGAGAGAACAAGGUCAUGAGCAGUAGGUUUCAGCCAUAUGACAGUAUCAUCACUGAUGCAGUGUUAAGUUUGGAUGAAGACACAGUGUUGUCAACCACUGAGGUGGACUUUGCCUUUACAGUGUGGCAGAGUUUCCCAGAGAGAAUUGUGGGAUAUCCAGCCCGCAGUCAUUUCUGGGACAAUAAUAAGGAGCGUUGGGGCUACACUUCCAAAUGGACCAAUGACUAUUCCAUGGUUCUCACCGGAGCUGCCAUUUACCACAGAUAUUACAACUUCCUGUACACCCACUUCCUGCCAAAUAGCCUGAAGAGCAUGGUGGACCAGCUGGCCAACUGUGAGGACAUUCUCAUCAACUUCCUGGUGUCUGCCGUCACCAAGCUGCCACCCAUCAAGGUCACUCAGAAAAAGCAGUACAAGGAGACCAUGAUGGGCCAGUCAUCUCGAGCCUCGCGCUGGGCAGACCCGGACCACUUUGCCCAGCGUCAGACCUGCAUGAACAAGUUCGCCAGCUGGUUUGGUGGCAUGCCUCUGGUCCACUCCCAAAUGAGACUGGACCCUGUUCUGUUCAAGGACCAGGUCUCCAUCCUCCGCAAGAAAUACAGAGAGAUAGAGCGCCUCUGACCAGAAUGGAGCCCCUUGUCGGACAUUCAGCAAGGGGCCACGAGAGACUCUCUAGAGCAGAGGAGGACCACAGUGGCCAGAGAUCUGGCUCCAUUUUCCCUUGAGCACACAGCAAAGGACAAAGACACCAGAAUGUGACGGCCUCUGUGGACCUUUAAACAUACAUUACACACUUUUAACUACAAGACUCUUUGGGAGAUUUUUUUUGUUUGUUUUGGGUUUGGUAAUGAAUGCCACAGAUCUUUCCCAGCACACAAGCAUGUUGUUGGACAACAGGAGGGAAGCAUCAUCGUGUUAGCACUUCAUCUUCACCAUGACGCAUCAGAUCCGUCAUGUUCUCCAGUUCUAUGCUUUCCGGGAUCUUGAGGAGAUUGAACCGUUAUUUCAUAAAGUUAAAGGGGUGGUUCACCCAAAAAUGAAAAUGAUGUCAUCAUUUACUCACCCGAAUGUUGUUCCAAACCAGUAUGACUUUCUUUCAUGGAACACAACAGGAAGAAAUGUAGCCUCAGUCACUAUUUGCUUUCAUUGUAUGGAGAACAAUUGGGUUCACAUUCUGCCAAACUUCUCCUUUUGUGUUUAACAGAAGUCAGGUUUGAAACAACAUAAGGAUACAUAAAUGAUGACAGAAUGUCUGACUGUCCCUUUAAAUUAUUUCCAAGUUUUUGAGGUAUUAGGGUUUUUAGGUAAUCUUGUUUUGAUUUUCAAAGUCACAGAAUUUGUUUGGCUUCAUCAUAAUAUCAUUUGUUACCAACAGACAAAAAGGGCCAUAACACUGCAUUCAAAACUGCUGCAAUCCCUUUUAUUAGUGGCAGAACCACGUUAAAAACCCUUCAGUAUUUUAUUUUUCUUAUUUUAAAUGGUGCCAAGAAUCAUUAGUUGCAUGUGAAACCAUCCCAACAUAAUUCAUGCCAAUCCACCCUACAGAAAAAGACAAUUAAUUAGAAUUCCCUAAAUCAUUGAGUUAUUAAACAACCAGGCCUGGGAAAAUGUUUGUCUUAGUCAAGCUAAAUUUUGCAGUAAAACAAAGGCAGCGCCUGCAGAGCUUACUUUACAGGAACGCCAUCUGUUUAGGUGAGAAAACAGCCACUUCAGUAAGGUCUCCAAUUUGUAAAGUAGCUUUUGACAUUACAGCAUGACAGGUUGCAUCGUAAGGACUUGCGCUCCUAAUUUAAGUGAUUCGUCUCUCGCCUCCUUUAUCUCCCCUGUCCCUGUGAAGAAUGAGCUGUCCAUCAAAGUUCAAUGGCACUGCCUCAUUUUCCCCUCCUUUUGUUGGCCUCUUAUUUUAAAUGUAUAAAACUUACUCCACCACAAACAUACACUCUGCAAAUGUAUGUCCCUGUUUUAUCUAGAAAGUGAUGAGUGUAUGCUUCCCUUACAUUGAAAUGCACAUCUAUUCUCACUGAUUGUUAUAUCAAGGGAAUGGCGCUCGAGACGUUGGGGCCCCUCCAGUGUUGUUCUCUGCAUUAUCCAGAGCAAAUGUGUUUUUAAAGAGUGGAGCAUUUUGUCAGUCUCUGCUCACAGGUACUUGAAUGUCUGAUGACUUGAAGGAGUGCCGUGCUUUAGUGGCCUUUUGUGAAGGUGACUGGACUUAAAAUGUGCCAGCUGUGAGCCAAAGCCUUUAUUUUUUUUCUAUUGCAUUUUUCCUUUGCAUAAUGCAUCAGAAUUCGAAAGAUGCUUUGACAUGUCAUUGUACACUACAAUGUUGUUGUUUUUUUUCUAUGUGGUCACGGUCAAUCCACGCUCAAAUCAAAACAAAUAUCUGACAUUUUAUGUGGUUUAGGCAAGUUGCAGACAUCAAUUUAGUUGUAUAUUAUUUGACAAAUGUCUUAAAGGGAGAGUUCACCCAAAAAUGAAAAUUCUAUGAUCAUUUAGUCACCCUCAUGUUGUUCCAAACCCAUGGCUUUCUUUCUUUUGUAAAACACAAAAGGAGAUGUUAGUCAGAAGGUUUGCCUCAGUCACCAUUCACUUUCAUUGCGACUUUUUCCAUACAAUUAAAGUGAAUGGUGAUUUAAGGAAUAGUUCACCCAAAAAUGAAAAUUCUGUCAUAUGCUCACACUCAUACGAUCUCAAAUGCAUAUGACUUGCUUUCUUCUGCAGAACACAAAGAUUUUUAGAAAUUUUAAGGACCGCUUUGUUGGUCCUUAAAAUGCAAGUGAAUUGUGACCAGAUCUUUUGAAGCUCCUAAAAGCCCCAUAAAAGUAAUCCAUACCACUCCGGUGGUUUAAUCCAUAUCUUCAGACGCGAUAUGAUCGAUGUGGGUGAGAACAGAUCAAUAUUUAAGUCCUUUUUUUUUUUUACCAUAAAUCUCCACUUUCACUUUCAAAUGUGAAUGAAUGUAAAAGGGAAUGUGAAAGUGGAUAUUUACAGUAAAAAAAGAACUUGGCUAUUGAUCUGUUUCUCACCCACACUUAUCAUAUCACUUCAGAAGACAUCGAUUUAACCACUAGAGUCGUAUGGAUUACUUUUAUGUGGCCUUUAAGUGCUUUUUGGAGCUUCAAAGUUCUGGUCACCAUUUAUUUGCAUUAUAUGGACCUUUAGAGCUGAGGUGUUGUUGUUAAAUUCUUUGUGUUCUACAUAAAAAAAGUCACAUCUGGGAUGGCAUGAGGGUAAAUGAUGAGAGAUUAUAUAUUUUAAGUGAACUAUCACUUUAAGGCUAACAUUUUGCCUAACCUUUCCUUUUGGUGCUCUAUGGGCUCUAAAGUCAGUCAUACAUGUUUGGAAUAACAUGAUGCUAUAAUUUACAUUUUUGGGUGAACUCUACCUUUAAGUAUUUUAAUAAGCUAUUUGACAUCAUUAACUCAUGGUUCAAAUGUGUAAGAAAUGUUCUAGAGUAAGGCUUACAACAUUUCACAAGGUCACAACUGACAAUUAUUGCUAAAUUAAUGGGGAAUCUGAGUGGUCUAAUUGAAAUGUAAGAAUCUGAAUCUUGACAUAAAAAUUUAGUAGAUGUUUAUAUGUGAAUCUUGUUAGACAAGUAAACAUAAGAUCAAAUUUAAAAACACAAAUUCAAGUCUCUUAAAGCUACUACUAUAACAAUUAAAUAAAAUGUUCAUUUGUUAUAGACUAAACCACUUGAAUUUAAACAAUGUUUGUAUGGUUUUCUUUUUUCGUUUUAACACAAGUGGCCCACCUCUGGUUAAGUUAAUUUAAUUAACAUGUUAUAUCAAGCAUUUAUAUCUACGAUUGUUGUUAUAAUCUCAUAUCACAGAAUUUACUUCUGGCCUUGCACAAUUUUAUUGGCCAAAUCCUCGACUUCAAAACCGUGACCUGUUGCUGUACAUAAUUUAUGUCCAUACAAAUAAAUUCACACAAUUAUCUACAGAAUAGUGUGUCCGAACCUGAAGAUCAUUUUUAACUGCAUAUCUCAUUUUGAUUACCCAGUCACCAUGCCCUUGAAAACAUUACCAUCAGGGCAUGUGAUAUAUCCAACACUGUCUGCAUCUGCCCACGGCCCUUGUCAAUGUGUAGUAUGUGUACAGACAACACAAACUGAUGGCUGUUUGCGUUGUAAAAUGAUGCAAGUGUUAUUUUAUUUUUUUAUUACCCAGCGUGACUUGACAAAGCCAUUCAUUUUCAAUUGGCAUCUGUUGAAUGCUGCUGCUACCACUACACACUUGCAAGAUCACCAAAGAAUCUUGCCAAAUCGAAAGUCAUGCAAUUGUACCAUUAUGUCUGUAAUAAAUUGAAUCUUUUAUGGUUUAUACUGGUUAUAUCGUCAUCCUGUAUCUGAUCGUCUUUCUCAUUUAGUAAAGUGCAACUAGAUCAGCCAGUCUCAAAGCUAACAGGUGAAAUGAUACAUCCAUUCAAGCAGGCCAUCUGUGACUCAACACAUUUGUGUCUGUUUUAACUUCAUGCUGCUUACAUUAUCUUCUGUGAUUAGCAAUAAGCAAUAUGGAACAAUGCUCAAACACUUCAUUGUUGGUUGGGAUACUCACUGAUUUCUCCUUGAUUGUGCCUUGAGUCAAUUGAUUUGUGAGUUUGUGACCCUGACUGACAGAAGGGGCAAAAUCUUUAGGAUAAUAAAAAUGUCAUCUGGUAGAUGCCAACUUUGCCGUACACUGAAGUUGCAUACCAUUCGUUAAACACUCAACUCUAUUUCUCAGAUUAGGCUGUUAACCAGACUUGCAUGACCACUUUAGACUAUUUAUGAGAAAAUACAGAUUUUUAGUUUUUGUUCAGAGCUAUUUGUUUUGCUCCCUCCUGUCCUGACCCCUCCCUGUAAUUAACAGAUGACUUUUUAUAGAGGUAAUAAAGAAAUUGUGAAAUGCCAAUUUUGUAUGAAUGAUUUAUAAGAAAAUGAAUAAAGUCAUA